GACACUCCUCUCUCUCGUUCUCGUUCCAUUCCAGAGAGCCGCCGCCCCCUCUCUACCCCACCCCAGCUGCUCCGCCCUCACCGGCGACCUACUCCUCCGCCGCCGACCACCACCCCCUCCCCCUCCCCUCACCAUUUGUCCCUUCCCUUGGCCCCAGAUCCACCAACCCAUGGUGCUGCCGGUGGAUUCGAGACCAAGACCGCCUCCUCCUUGUGGUUGUUGCUCGAGCAGCUGUUAGACGGAUCCACAACGGCCACGCGGCAUAUCUGCAGCGUCUUCGGCUGAUCCACGCGGAUCCACGGUGUCCUGAGCCCUCCCCAGGUGAUUUUCUGCGUCACCCCUUGGCCUCGGCUGUUCCACCAAUCUCCGGCGCCGUCUGCUCGCCAUCCCCUCGAUCCUGCUCCGAGCUCUGAAACCCCACGCACACAGACCUGAACCCUCCCCCCUCCUCGCUCCCACCAUGGUCAAAUGGCCCCCGCGGCCGCCGUCAUGAGGCGGGCCCACUUCGCUAGCUCCUGCUCGUCGGCCAGCUGGCGGCUCCUCGGGAGGGCGUUUCGCAUCUCGCUGGCUCCCCAGGCGGCCUCGCCGCCGCGCGUUCAUGGGGUCGAUGCUAUGGACCCGAGCUUUCCACGCUCUGUAGAUCAGUGGAGUCUCGAGUAGGAUAGUAUUGAGCUCCUCUGUGGUCACAGAGCAGGGAUCUGGGGCGCCCAUCAGGGGAUGAGUCUGGGCGAAGGCCGUGGUUCGUUGGAGCAAGAUCGUAUUGCGGCGGACGCUUUGAAUCGUUGUAGCUGCACCUCCUCUACAGCUUCCUCGUCUGCACGGCCUUGGUCUACACACGCACGCACCACCGAGCUGCAGGAGUAUCACAACCUCCGCGCAACUGCCUUCAACCGCAAUGUUGAAGAGUUGAGCAAGCGGGCUGCCGACUUGACGGAGAGCCGGAGGGUCAACGCUACUCUUCAGGAGCAGCUGGGUGAAGUUAACCCUGCCUUGCGCGUCAAGGAGGAGGAGUGCAACAAACUCGCUGCGGAGCGCGAUCUGCUUACUGCGCAGCUGGCCGAGCAGAAGGAGCUGCUCAAGAAGGCGUAGGACGAGGCCGAGAAGAAGGAGGCUGCUCUCUUGGCCGAGUUCGAGAGCGAGCGCUCCUCCUGGACCGACAGGGAGGCGAUGCUGACUUCCGGCUUCCACGGGAUUGAGGAUAUCGUCGAUGACUUCUUCCCUGGCCACUCGCAGGCAGUCCCUCUGGCUAUCGAGGCUGAUCGUGAGGCGCAAAGGGCAAACGGUGAGGUGAUUGCCGCCAACGCUCCCUUGACCGUUGAUGAGCAGCUUCUGAGCAUCGAGGCUCGUCUUCGUCCGGCCCACCGACGGAUGCGCCGGCUUCAGUGUGUCGGCGCCCAGGCGGUUGCCGCUUUGUGGCCAGACAUGCCGGCUCUGCGCACCGCCAGUCGGUCCGCCGACUGGCUGAAAGUCGCCGUCGGCCGUGUUGAAGCUUGGAAGGGUUCCUCGGCCCGGGCCGGAGCGCGCCGGGCCUUGGAGUUCGUCAAGGCGUGGUAUCCGGGGCUGGACCUGGACCGUCUGGCCGCAUUCCGGUCAGAGGCCCAGGCA